AUGGACUCUCCAGGGCACAGUGAGUUCUCGGCUGAGGUUUCAGUUGCACUGCGCGUUACUGAUGGUGCCCUUGUCGUGGUGGACUGCAUAGAGGGUGUUUGCAUCCAAACAGAGAACCUCCUUAGACAAGCCUUGGCAGAAAGGGUCAAGCCUGUUCUGAUUGUUAACAAGAUUGAUAAGUGUUUUAAGUUCGACGGGGAGGUUGUCUACAAUAACAUUUCAAAAGCUAUUGAGAGAGUGAAUUCAGUGAUCGUGUCAUACGAAGAUCCAGUUUUUAGUGAUUUCAAAAUUUGCCCAUUGAAAGGGAAUGUUGCUUUUUCUGCGGGUAUACAAGGUUGGGCGUUCACGCUGAGACAGUUUGCUCAGUUUUAUGCGUCAAGGUCUAGUGAUGUAGGUGAAACUGAACUACUGGAGAAGCUAUGGGGUGAUAAUUUUAUAGAUCGUAAGGCUAGUAGAUGGACAAAGGAGCAAACUGGUUCACCUACAUGUGCGAGGGGUUUUGUCCAUUUGUGUUACGAACCGAUCAAGUAG